AUGAUGUCCCUUUUGCAAUAUCUCAGCGUACGGACGGGUCUGCUGGCAGAAAUCCCAUCGCUGCCGCCUCCCGUCGUACCGCCAGCAGCGCCCGACCCCCCGUGCAGUUACGAAGGCGGUCUUGUCAGCCGGGACAUGACCGUCAUCAAUCUGUCCGAACUUCAGGUGCCCGAGCCGGUGUUGACAGCUGCUGACGACAACUGCGCCGAUGACAGUAACCAGAAGGCGGCUAGGAACCAAUUCCGAGCGCGCACCGUCAAGGGAGCCAACAAUGGCGUCGCGUUGCGGCAGUAUGCCGAGGCGACGCUUGGAGGAGGCAGCCUGCGCAAGGUGGUCAAGCUGCCAGAGGGCGAAGACGAGAACGAGUGGAUGGCUGUCAAUAUGGUCGACUUCUACAAUCAGAUCAACCUCCUAUACGGCGCCAUCACCGAGUUCUGCUCGCCACAGUCAUGUCCCGAGAUGAAGGCAACCGACGAAUUCGAAUACCUGUGGCAGGACAACGAGAACUAUAAGAGACCUACUAAGAUGGCCGCUCCGGACUACAUCGAACACCUGAUGGCCUGGGUGCAGAGGCACAUUGACGACGAGCAGAUCUUACCGAGCAGAAUUGGUGUCCCCUUCCCCAAGUCAUUCCCGUCGACCGUGCGACAGAUCUUCAAGCGUAUGUACCGUGUUUACGCUCACGUCUACUGCCACCACUACGCCGUCAUCAGAGAGCUCGGCUUGGAACCUCAUCUCAACACGAGCUUUAAGCAGUAUGUGCUCUUUGUCGACGAGCACAAACUCGCCAGCGGCAAGGACUUCUACGGCCCGCUGAACGAUCUCGCCGAGAAGAUGAUUGAGAGCGACUGA